CUCUUAAAAACAGCCGUACACGAGUGAGCACAACAUGUCACCGCGGAAAUAAAUAGUUAUCUAACAGUCAGUUUGUCAAAACAAAAAUACUGACGUAUAUUUCAGUUUCUCAGUUUUCUCUGUAUAACGUAUGAUAAAUAAUUAACAUGUCUAUUUUCACACCGACAAACCAGAUUCGGCUCACGAAUGUGGCGAUCGUAAGAAUGAAAAAAGGGGGAAAGAGAUUUGAAAUUGCCUGCUAUAAAAAUAAAGUUAUGAGUUGGAGAGCGGGAGCUGAGAAGGACCUUGAUGAAGUGUUACAGACGGACAAGGUUUUCAUGAACGUGUCCAAAGGACAGGUGGCCAAGAAAGAAGACUUGUCAAAAGCAUUUGGAACAGAUGAUGUAACAGAAAUAUGUAAACAGAUUUUAGCGAAAGGCGAACUCCAGGUUUCAGACAAGGAGCGACAGACGCAGCUGGAGCAGAUGUUUAGAGAUAUUGCCACCAUAGUGGCAGAAAAGUGUGUAAAUCCUGAGACAAAGCGGCCUUACACAGUCAACUUAAUCGAGCGUGCCAUGAAGGACAUCCACUACUCCGUCAAAGCAAACAAGAGCACAAAACAGCAGGCUCUGGAGGUGAUCAGACAGCUUAGGGAGUCCAUACAGAUCCAGCGAGCACACAUGAGGUUGCGCUUCGUUGUGCCCGCCAAGGAGGGGAAGAGGAUAAAGGAGAAACUCAAAUCUCUCAUAAAGGUCGUGGAGAGCGAAGACUUCGAUGACCAGCUGGAGAUGGUAUGUCUGAUUGAUCCUGGCUGCUAUCGUGAGAUUGAUGAGCUCAUCCGCUGUGAGACGAAGGGAAAAGGAUCAGUGGAGGUGUUGAGUCUGAAGGAUGUGGAGGAGGGAGACGAGAAGUUGGAGUAGCAUCACUACCUUGAAAUUCUAGCAACAAUGUACUUUAUGAUUGAAGUUUUCCCUGCACCUUGCUGAAUUUUAAUUAUAUUUUUCUUGAUGUUUUUCAACCAUUACAGUACAUUAUUGGCAUUUGGCAGACGCUCUUAUCCAGAGCAAAGUACAGACUAAGCAGGAGACAAUCCUCCCCUGGAGCAAUGCAGGGUUAAGGGCCUUGCUCAAGGGCCCAAAGGCUGUGCGCAUAUUAUUGUUGGAUUAGAACCACCGACCUUGCGUGUCCCAGUCAUUUACCUUAACCACUACGCUACAGGCCGCCCAACCAAUAAUGCAGAUUAUUAAUUGCAAAUAUGCAGUAUUUAUGCUUAGCAGAAUUUAUAGUUCAGUUUUCUGAAUGCAGUACCCAUUCACCUGCAUGUGUUGUGGGGUAAUUUAAUGUUAAUCUUAUUCACGAACACAUUAUCUGCACCCUAUUGGGUUUCAAACCUGAGACCUCUCAAUCCAAGUUAAUAACAACUGCUGUUGUGUGUUGAUGGAAUGGAAUUGGAGUUUAAAGUAAUUAAUAAAAUUAUAUGUAUUUGUUCACCGAACAUUUUCCAUUCAAUCUUUUCAGUAAUUACCUAGAAAAUGUGGGCAAGUGGAUUUAUUAAAGUGAUUUACUUUCAAAUACUUAUUGUUAGAUAAUUUUGCAAUAUUUGAAAACCCCAGUAAUACACAAAACUUUGUGUUUUUAUCUAUAAUGUAUAAUUUAACGCAAAAAUCAGUACUAAAUUGUUAUAGGGAUUACCAAUAAAAUUGGGUUUCCAAUUUAUGUAAAUGUGUGUGUACAAUAUUCAAACACUGACAAACAUAAAGAAUUGUUUUGACAA